AUGACUUUAGCACUGGAAUUCGAAUCAAAGACUGUAACCGCACUGGUAUACCUUUCGGUCUUCACUGGUGCCUACAAGAUAAUCACAGUUGUGCUAGGAUAUCUUUCUGUUUUGUUGGAUGUCUUCGUUCUACCCGGUGUCAGUUUGAAUAAGUACGGGGCUAAAAAGGGCCAUUGGGCCGUUGUCACCGGGGCUUCUGACGGUAUUGGAAAAGAAUACACUCUUCAGCUCGCUAAACGUGGCUUCAAUGUGGUUUUGGUGAGUCGUACUUUGUCAAAGUUGGAAUCUGUUCAAACCGAGGUUCAAUCCAAAUACAAUGUGGAAACCAAACUAGUAUCCUUUGAUGCUUCUCUAGAUUCAGAGGAAAGUUAUCAAGAACUGGCUGAUGCCAUUGCUGGCCUCCCCGUGACUGUAUUGGUCAACAAUGUUGGGCAAUCCCAUUCUAUCCCUGUUCCAUUCUUAGAAACCCCCAUCAAAGAGCUAAAAGAUAUCAUAACCAUCAACAACACUGCUACACUGCGUAUUACUCAAAUUGUUGCUCCAGUCAUUGUUACUACCGCUCGUCAGAAGAAAACGCGUGGACUAAUCCUCACCAUGGGAUCAUUUGGCGGAUUGUUGCCAACUCCCCUUUUGGCCACUUACUCCGGGUCCAAGGCGUUUUUACAGUCUUGGAGUUCAGCUCUAGCCGGUGAACUAAAAUCCGAUAACGUGGAUGUUGAGCUGGUUAUUUCUUACCUGGUCACCUCUGCCAUGUCCAAGAUCAGACGAACCUCUGCAUCCAUUCCAUCUCCAAAGGCAUUUGUUGCUUCCGUGUUCAAAUCACUAGGUCGCCGUGGGGGUGCCCAAGAGCGAUACGCCACUUCUACCCCAUUUUGGUCGCAUGCUUUGAUGCAUUGGUGGAUCGAAAAUACUGUUGGUGUUUACUCUGCCGUCGCCAACACACUGAAUUUGAACAUGCACCAGAGCAUCCGAGCUCGUGCAUUGAAGAAGGCUGCCAGCAAGAAGGAGUAA